AUGCGCUUCCUAUCCCUCACCCUCCUCCUCCUCACCCUUGCUGUCUAUGUCGCCGCCCUCCCCUCAUCCCGCAAGGGACAACCACCCUUCCGUCAAGCCAGCCGCGGCGUCGGGUACCUCGUAGCGCGAGACUCGGAGCAAGCAACGCGCGGAAUGCUAGGCUCGUGGGGAGAAAAGUUCUACCAGAAGCCCGUGAUGCAGCGCGCGAACGAGUCAAAGUCGGAGGCGCGCCAGGCAAAGAUUGAUGCGCUGCUGCUGUGCCAGCAGGACUGCACGCGUAUCUGGAACCCAGCGCACCCAAGCCAGUUUUGGAGCGAUUGUAAUGAGUGUUGUAGGAAGAUGUGA